AUGUCUCCGGAUGCCAGAAAAGUAAUUGAGUUCUUGUCUAAAUUCGCCACCUGCGACUUAUCCGAUGCGUUAGUCAAGAAAGGUCAUAAGGAUGGAGGCUAUUUUCCUAACCUGACCAGGUAUUCGUCCAAUGCAUCGAAUAUUAGUAUGAUUGGAAAGGCAUACACCGUACUUUUUGCUUCUAAAGAUGAUCCUAGACCAGCAAUUGAGGGUGGAUAUAUCGAUAAGCUACCUGAAGAUUCCGUAUUGAUCAUCGCAACAACAACCAACCUACAGAAAUUGGAUGCUCCAUAUACAAAACUCAACAAUGCCCUAUACGGGGGGCUCAUGUCGACCAGAGCACAAUAUUUGAAAAGUAGAGGUACAGUUGUAUUUGGCAGAAUCCGGGAUCUCGACGAACAUAGAGAUUUAAACAGAGAUGUAUUCUCAUAUGGAAUAGGAAGUGCUGCUCAUGCCCCGGUGGUGAAAAUGAUAGGUAUCAAUGUUCCAGUGGAAAUUAUAAUUGAUGAAUAUUCAGAGUCCAGAAAGGAAGUAAUUAAUCCCGGCGAUUAUAUUAUGGGGGAUAAUAAUGGAGUAGUUCGGGUCGAAGAUAAUGAAGAAUUAGGUAAUUUACUGGAGUAUAUUCCCAAACGUGUCGAAGCCGAUAAUCUUGUGAAACAGGAUAUUCUUAAAGGAGAGCGGUGUAAUGCAUCUCAGAAGAAGAGAAGAGAGGGAUUGUAA